AUGGCUAGAUUCCUGCGUAAAUUCAUACACCAUGAGGCCCGGACAGGAUCGACCUUACAGUCCUUCCUACAAGCCCAGCAACCUGAUUUGGAUACCAUCUCUUUGCUACUUCGUCAUUUGACUACGGUCCAUCUAGGGGAUAAGAAGACACCUCAUCGCAUCAUGGAUGUUGCUUGGUAUCUCCAAGAUAGAGGGGAUACACUAUUAGCCCGACAGCAGGUCGGACAUGAAUCGGUCACCCCCUCACCGACGGCAUUAGCUCAUGUGGCUUUGGCUAUGGCGGCUGUGGUUAAUUACGACAUACCCAAAAGGGACAUGCAGAGCAUUCGAGCUGUGGUGGUUGCAUGUGCCACUCGAGGGCUCGCUCUCUCAGCUUCGAGAAAGGACCUCCCUCUAAUUUCGACUGCCAUGUACCGGACCGAGGUAAGGGAUGUAGAGUUAUGGAGGAAAGUGAUCACCCGAGCAGUUGAGCUCCUAGGGGAGCAACGGCCUUCCGACCGACUGGACCCUCGAGGCCUUGUUGGGGUGGUCUUCGGUCUGUCCAAAAUGGCCAUAAACGCCCCUCUAUUGGAAAGGCAUCUACCUCGUGCUGAUGAGUUAUCAUCACUACAGGCGAGAGCACAAUUGCUGUAUGUCCGCUGUAGGAUGCAGAGAAAAGCCGGAUGCGCGGAUCUGGACCCGGACAUAGAGGCUCUGGCGAGCAGCUUGGCUCGGGAGGCUGCUGACCGCGAGUCCUUCCUCCUUGCUCUCCAUGCGAUAUCAUUGGUGCCCUACCGUCAUGAAGGUCUCCUGUCUAGAGGGGUAGAGGGAGAGGACUGUGAAGGUGAUCGAGGCUGGACCGCUGGGUCCUAUUUACGUUACAUUGCAGAUUGUUUUCGUUUGUCGUGUCCUGUCACCAGCACGACCUCGAUAGUCUCCAACGCCAUCACCUACGAGAGCUUCUUCCUAUACGGCUUACGAUUCAUGGGCUGGGAUUUGAGUCGGGCCCGGGUCCCUAAUCUGGGAGAGGCAAUCUCCACGGUAAACUCGAGAGUUCUUCCUGCCGAGUCUGCGGCCAUGCUUUUGGCCGCCUUUCAAAUGAGCUACUGGUCGUCAUCGAAACGACUAAGGAACUUGGCGAACAUAUCGUUGGAGUCUUUGAGAAAGUUACAGCAUUGUACCCAAUUCGAAGUGAACGAGACAGCCCCGCAUGCCCGGUAUCAGGUUGAGAAACUCAAGUAA